CGUCCCGUCCCGCCCCGCCUUGCAGCACGCCCCGUGUCAUCGCCGCCGCCGCCCCGGCAGGUGCAGGUCCCGGGGGGGCAGGCACCGGGGGCGCCUCCGUACCGCACCGGGGGCUCCGCGCAAACGCAGCCCGGCUUCACCCCGCCCGGUCCCGGUCCCGGUCCCCGGGACGUCCCCGUGCAGCAGCAACCGGCGGGCGGAGAGGGCGAAGGGAAGCGGGGGCGGGCGGCGGGGAUCGGGCUGGGGUCCUCCCCCGGAACAGGGCUGCUUUGCCGCCGGGGCGGUGCGAGCACCCCGGGGCUGGUUUCCCCGGGGUUCGGCCCCACGGGUGUCGCCCCCCUCUCCUUAACGGGUGGGCAGAGCCGAAAGGCGCUUGGGGUCGAGCGGGGCCGCGGGUAUUGGGCUGGGGGAGCGGGCGGCAGGACACCUGGCUCCUCUGCCUGCCCCCCCCCCCGUCAGCCCCCAGCACCUCUCUGCCCCGGCGUCGGGUCCUGCCCGCUGGCUCCGUGGCAGCGCCCCGAAGAUGGUGAGUGCGACCCCCGGCAGGGCUGGGUGCUGCUGAGCCGCGGCGUUGGGAGUCCGGAACCACGGGCCGUGGGGCUUGGAGGGUCCUUGGGACGGGGACCGGGGGAACUGGGAAAAUGUGCGGCGCCAGGGAUGAGGGCCGGGGGCUGUGACGCUGCAGGGCUGUGGGGUGAGGAGCGGGGGGACAGGGAGCUGCGGGGAUGUGGGACCGUGGGAUGGGCACUUGGGAACCUGGGGCCGAGACCCCCCCGCCCCCCGGCACUGCCCCCCAACCCCAUAGCGUGUGGUGCAAGGAAGCCGCAGCCUCGUUGCUUCCUGCUACAGAAACUGCUGCGUUUCCGUCAGGUCCCCGAGCGCCAGCCAACCCCGCACCCCCAGCCCCCUCGCUUCCCCUCAGUCCCCCACAGACCAAGGGCAGACGCUGGCUCCCUUGGCAUCAGGAAGCGGGGCAGAACAUGGGCCCUGCACUGCUCAUGGGGCACAGCCGUGGCUGGCGGCAAAUCCAUGACGGUGGGGCACUGGCUUAACGGGAGGCACGUGUGCCAUUGCUGUGGUGGCUGGGCACGGCCUGGCCUUGGGGCACGGUGUUGCCCGGAGAGUCCGGGCCCUGCAGGUAGGGUCCCUGCUGCUGCCCCGUGGCGCUGCUGAGCCCCGUUGCACCGCUGCCCGGAGCCGUGCCAGCUGUGGGGCACGGGGCGCAUCUGCCCUGACCCCCGGCGUUGUGCCCUGCAGAUGGCCGGGGCUCUGGUGUCCUGAGCAGGGCGAGGAUGCUGGCAGGGAGGUGGCGGCUGGAGGGGCGGCGGUGGCGGCGCGCUGAGCCGGCCGUGGUGCUCCGCGCCCUCUACGACUACACGUACUGUGCCGAGGACGGGCGGCACGUGGCCAUGGCUGCAGGUGAGCAGUUCCUGCUGCUCCGCAAGGCCAACGAGGACUGGUGGCAGGUGAGACGGGCCAGUGAGCCCCGCUGGGCUCGGCCCUUCUUCGUCCCUGCCACCUACGUGGCUGAGCUGGACCCCGGUGACAUUGGGAGAUGGAACGUGCAGCCCCCGAGCCUGCCUGCGUACACAGGCCUGCUGUCUCAGUACCACUCAGUGGAGAACCUGUGUGGACUCCCCCCCGCCCCUCCCCAGGAGGCCAGCGUACCCAUGCGCCCCGUGGGCCGCAGCGUCAGCACCAGCCAGCUGGCGGGGGGGCCCCUGCCCGCCCCCCCACCCCUGCCACAGUCCCAGUCCCAGCAGGAGCUGCUGGCCCAGGGCACUGGGAUCCCCCGACCUGGAGCUGGCAUGGUGACCCCCGCGAUCUACUGCAACUUCGAGGAGCUGCAGCGGGCGGGGGGGCAGGGAGAGCCCCCCGUGCCAGCUGGGGUCCCCCUCCAGGUUUUGGGGGCCUGGGAGCGUCACCAGGACCCCAGCACUGGCCGCUGCUUCUUCUACAACCCCCAGACGGGCGUGACCUCCUGGAAACCCCCCCGGCGGCACCGGGAGGCGGACCAGAGCCCUGCUGCGGAGCGCCCCAAGAGCCCGGCACACCAGAGCUCCCCGGACGGCGGUGGCACCGUGAUCCGUGGCCAGCCCCUCUCCCAGCACAGCCAGGGGGAUUGCGCAGCCGCCUCGCUGCCCCCCCAGGCCCCCGCCAAGCCCCCGCCCUGCAGCCUUGACUUAUCCACCGAGGUGCAGAAGGCUGGGCAGCUCAACAGGACCAAGAUCGCUGAGGGGGGCAGGAAGCUCAGGAAGAGCUGGGGGGUCUCCUGGGUGGUGCUGGCCAGGAACAGCCUCGUCUUCUACAAGGAGCCCAAGGGCCCGGCACCCGCCACCUGGUGCCCUGCCAGCAGCCGCCCUGAGAGCAGCGUGGACUUGCGAGGGGCUGCGCUGGACUGGGCCCGCCACCUCUCCAGCAAGAAGAAUGUCAUCCACCUCCGCACAGUGACAGGUAACGAGUUCCUGCUGCAGUCAGACCACGAGGCCACGAUCCAGGAGUGGGCCCGGGCCAUACGGGAGGUAAUCCACCGGCUGGACCUGGAGAACCCCAUGGAUGUGCCUUUGGGGUGGCUGCGCCAUGUACCCAGCAGGGACCUGGCGGAGCUCAGUGGGGACGAGGAUGAGGCGCCGUGGGUCACCGAGGGGAAUAGGUCCCCAGGUGCCCCCCCCGCUCCUGACACCUCAGAGAAGAAACGGGUGAAGAGCAAGCUGAGGCGCUUCAUCAUCAAACGGCCCCCUCUCCAGAGCCUGCAGGAGAAGGGGCUCAUUCGAGACCAGGUGUUCGGGUGCCGCCUGGAAGCCCUGUGCCAGCGGGAGAACACCACGGUGCCCCGCUUCGUCCGGCUCUGCGUGGAGGCUGUUGAGGAGAGAGGCCUUGACGUUGAUGGGAUUUACCGGAUCAAUGGGAACCUGUCUGUGAUCCAGAAGCUGCGGUUUGCCGUGGACCAGGAACGAGCUGUGACCUCGGAUGGGCGCUAUGUCUUCCCCGAGCAGCUGUGCCAAGAGGAGCGGCUCAGCCUGGCGGACCCUGAGUGGAGCGACAUCCACGUGGUGACUGGUGCCCUCAAGCUCUUCUUCCGGGAGCUACCCGAACCCCUAGUGCCUUACGGGCUCUUCAACCCCUUCAUUGAAGCCAUCAAGCUGCCGGACCCCCAGGAGCAGGUGCAGCGGGUGGCUGAGCUGGUGCAGAGCAUGCCCCCCCCCAACUACGCCACCCUGCGCUACCUCGUGGCUCACCUCUGCCGGGUGAUGGGGCAGGCAGACGUCAACCGCAUGACAUGCCAGAACAUUGGCAUCGUGUUCGGGCCAACGCUGCUGCGUCCGGAGCGGGAGCCAGGCAGCCUGGCCGUGGGCAUGUCCCAGCAGAACCAGGCCGUGGAGCUGCUGCUGGCACACUUCGACCGCAUCUUCCCCACCCCUCCUUGAGCCUGAUCCCCCCCCCAUACUGGGCACAGGUAUCUCAGCUGCCAUUGCCCCUUCCUGCCCUGUGUACCUGGGACUCUGCAGUAAGCAGGCAUCUUCCCUGGGACUGCCAGGGCCUCCUGCUCUGAUCAGGGUUGGGGGCCUGCAGCACCAGGAGCUACCCUCUUCCCGUUCCUUUCCCAGAGAAGACUCCUGGAGCCCCCUCUUCAUGCUCUAGGGAAUAUGGCAGCCCCAAACUUCCCUUCCUGCCGCACUCUGCCAUGCCCCGUAUGCCUCCCCAAGGUUGUUCCAACACUGAUUUAUUUCCACCAUUCAUUAAAAACGUAUCUGUCACCAUCAGA